GUGGUAGGCCAUGGAAAAAUAUGAGAUUGAAAAUAUUGUUCUAAUGGUUCUAUUUCCAUUCAAAGGUAAUAAAUGGAUUCGAUAAUAAUGUUUGGGCUGCCUUGUGUAUUUUAGAAGAAUAAAAUAUACAUAGAUAAAUAGUUAAAAAAAAAACACACAACCCUUCUUUACACAGCUCGUUCCACUGUGCCAUGUGUUGGCCACAAGAUCUGCGCAAUCACGAGUGGAAGUGGAUGAUUUCAUGUCCAUACCCAUGUCCAUGUGCGGCAUGUUUCUGUUGGUGGUGUUGGUGUCGAUGUCGAUGUCGCCUUGCAUUCAGUGCAAUCGCACGCACUGCAACCUAACGGGCGGCCGUGGCACAGCUGCGAUUUCAGGGCCUCGCUGAGGGCGACACUGAUUCGCGACAAGGGUUCAGACAGCGGCGGCACAAUGUGGCACGCGCUUCCGCCGCUCCUCUCAGUUCGGAGAGUCGACUCAGCGAGGAAAGUAGCACCAGUAUGCGACUGAGGAGCAGCAGGCAGACAGUGCGAGUAUUUGGUACAGCAGAGAGUCACCAAGCUGUAAAAGGAGUCAACGAUUGCCCAACCCUCACAGAACUCAACGACGACUGCCUGCUGCUAAUAUGCGAGCGGCUCUCCAUUGACGACCAAUGGAGUCUCCUGCAGCUGGACGACCGCCUGGGCCAGCUAGUGCUACGGAUCUGGUGUCGCAAAUAUGCCCAGCACUUCGACUGUGGCCGGGAGCAGCUAUUAAAGCGUCUAAGCGCCAAAGAGCAGAGUCAACUCCUGCAUCUGCUGAGUUCACGGACGAGGGCGCUUCUCAACCUGAAUGGCAGCAGCGGUGGCUGUCAGCAGUGGCUCAACCGGAAACGGAAAUGCUUGGCCCACAUGCAGAGGAUGAGCUUUGUGGAGAGCGGGGCAUGGGUGCUGUAUCGAUUGCCGGCAAUCUGCCCCAAUUUGGUGCACCUGCAGCUGGGCUUGGGCGAAGGAAUAACACCGGUGGAUCUCCACUUGCUCUUCGGACAGCUGAAACACUUGCGGGUGCUUCAGCUGCAGCCGGGAUGGAGCUGCCCCCGCCCCUGGACGGACAUCAAAUAUGGAGAAACAUUGGAAUCCCUGAAGUUGCCGGCGUGCCUGGUGCGUGCCACGGCUACGGAGAUAAUGCGACUACCCCGACUGCGCCGGUUGACGGGUUUCCUCUGCCACAAGCACACGGAUGAUGACAAAGCAAAUGCCGUUGGCAGCGAGGCAGCCGGCGCCACCAUCUCGGCCUGCCUCAAGGCAUUACAGGACAGUAGAGGGCCUGGAAAUGGACACGGACACGGACACGGACACGAACACGAACCCCCUGCCUGUCAAAUUGUGGGACUCCAUUUGCAGUGUCAACUCGAUUCGAGCCUCCUACGUCUCAUGGUGGAAGCGGGCUCAGGGGACAGCUUCCGCCUGCAUCGCUUUGCUUGGCACUCGCAGCUGACGGUGCACUAUGAUGUUUCGGAUGGUAGCAUCAAGUGGCUGCCACAGCAGCCGCGAGCCGCGCAUGCCCUGCUCCCCUUCCUCGCCGACCAGGCGGACAGUCUGCGUGAAUUGGAUUUCACGCGGAAUGUACAUGCCACGACCACGUUCCUCUCACUACUGAGGGAGCAGCAGAAGCAGCAGCAGCAGCGGCUGGGUUACGGCUACCGUGAGUUUUCCGUUUGGCAUGAUGCCUGCCCCAGGAUGACAGCUACGACACCGCACUCAGAUCCGGAUAGAGAUACAGAUGCGGAUACGGAUGCGGAUGCGGAGCAGACAAACGAUUUGGCCUUUGUCACGUUGGAAUUGCAGCACUUGUCUAAUGAACAACGGAUACGGGCACGGAAGAGAUGACAGGGAUGCGGCAGAUUGCUAAGGCUUGCAAAUCAAAUGUAUUCUCUCUCUGCCUGGAAAUGUGCUAUGAACAUCCUGUUAAAGUGCAUUUACAAUAAGUAAUAGUGCCAUAAAAUCUGUUAUAAAUACAUAUUUAAAUAAAUCCAUACCAAAUCUUUUGAA